AUGUUAAUUUUUAAGUUGACAAAUCGCUGCAAUGUGUGGACCAUUAAUGUUAAUAUAAAUUUAUUGAUUUGGCUUCUGUAUGUAAUUGUUUUGGUUGGUCAACCGCUACACAACAACACUGUGUAUUCAUUUUGCGAGUGGAAAGUACAGGGAAUCAUGCAGAUUUUUGUGAAGACUUUGACCGGCAAGACCAUCACGUUGGAUGUGGAACCUUCUGACAGCAUUGACAAUGUCAAGCAAAAAAUUCAGGAUAAGGAAGGUAUUCCACCUGACCAGCAGCGCUUGAUUUUCGCUGGCAAGCAGCUUGAGGAUGGCCGAUCCCUUGCAGACUACAACAUUCAGAAGGAGUCAACUCUUCACUUGGUGCUGCGCCUUCGUGGUGGUGCCAUUGAGCCUACACUCGCUGCUUUGGCCAAGAAGACGAAUUGUGAAAAGCAAAUCUGUCGUAUCUGUUACGCACGUUUGCCUCCCCGUGCUACUAACUGCCGCAAGAAAAAAUGUGGUCACAGCAAUCAAUUGCGCAUCAAGAAGAAGCUCAAGUAA